AUGCAAGUGAGGGGCAACACCAACCUCGCCUCGCUGGCGAUGCCCAACCUGAGUGACCUGUACGGAUACAUCGACGUGCACAACAACGCCAAGCUCGCCUCUCUGACGAUGAACAACCUGUUUCUCGUGGACGGAGGCAUCAUCUCGGUGCUGGACAACCCCAACCUCGCCUCUCUGACGAUGCCCAGCCUGGGGGGCGGGUCGUGGUGGAACAUCAUCGUCGACCCCAAGCCCGCCACCUGCAACGUGGGGCUCUACACCUGCUGA